AUGUUUUUCCUUGUGAUAGUUUUAUAUCCUGUUAAUCUCACUGUUAAUAUGGUCAUUAUGAUAACACCUGGUGAACAUCGUUUUGAUCGUUCUACAUUUAAUAUAAAUGCUGUUAUUAAACAAAUGGCCCUCAAUAUUGACUUAAAUCAAUUUUCUGAUUUAUUUGACUUUGGAAAAUUUCAAAAUUAUAGUACACUUUACGAGCGAUGUCGUGAAUAUCGUCAAUUGCAUUUACAACAAUCGCUUGACGAUACUAUGUUGACUCAAGAACAGAAAGAUCGUCUUAAGGUAAUAUAA